AUUAAUCGUAUAAAAGUAGUGCGAGAUUCACAACACACAGUAAUACCUGCAUCGCGAGCAUAUAGGAAAAGGCCAACAAUAAUAAUCCUUGAGCUUACGCGAAAUUUAAAACAGUAGUGAACUUUUACAUCAGCCAUGGAUGUUGAAGAAUUCAGAGUUCGCGGCAAAGAAAUGGUGGACUACAUUUGUCGAUAUAUGACAAAUGUAGGAAAUUACAGAGUUACUCCUGAUAUCGAACCAGGGUAUCUGAAAGAUUUGAUACCAAGUGUAGCACCCCAAGAACCUGAAAAUUGGGAUAAUAUCAUGGACGACGUGGAUAAGAAGAUAAUGCCCGGUAUUACACAUUGGCAGCAUCCAAGAUUUCAUGCUUAUUUUCCAAGUGGAAAUUCUUAUCCUUCAAUUUUAGCUGAUAUGUUGACGGAUGCUAUUGCAUGCAUGGGAUUUUCAUGGCCUGCAGGUCCGGCAUGUUCAGAGCUUGAAACUAUCGUUAUGGAUUGGUUUGGACAAGCAAUAGGUCUUCCAGAUGAUUUUAUAACUUCAAAGAAGUGCGGCAAUGGAGGAGGCGUAAUCGAAACCUCUGCAAGUGAAUGUGUCUUAGUUGCCAUGCUUGCUGCUAGAAAUCAGGCCAUAGAGUAUUUGAAAAAAGAUAAACCUUCGUCAAUCGAUAGCGAAUUCUUGCCUAAACUAAUCUGUUAUUGUUCUAAGGAAGCUCAUUCUUGUGUAGAAAAAGCUGCCAAAAUUUUACUUGUUCAAAUAAAAAUCUUAGAACCUGACCAAAAUGGUAGUCUUAGAGGAGAAACAUUGAGAGACGCAAUGGAAAAAGACAAAGCUAACGGUUUGUUCCCUUUUUUCGUGUCUGCUAUAUUAGGAUCUACUGCUUCAGGUGCUUUUGACAAACUCGAAGAGAUAGGUCCUAUUUGCAAAGCUGAACCUAGUACUUGGCUUCACGUUGAUGCUGCUUACGCCGGAAACGCUUUCAUCUGCCCAGAGUUACGAAUUUAUCUCAAAGGUGUUGAAUACAUAGAUUCUUUCAACACGAAUCCUAAUAAAUGGUUACUUACUAAUUUCGACGUUUCUUGCUUAUGGGUUAAAUGCAAAUACAAAUUAACUAGUGCCCUAGUUGUCGAUCCAUUGUACUUACAACAUGCCAAUUCUGAUGAAACUAUAGAUUACAGACACUGGGGAAUUUCGUUAAGCAGAAGAUUUAGGUCAUUGAAAUUAUGGUUUGUUAUAAGAAGAUAUGGAUUAUCAGGAUUACAAAAAUAUAUAAGAAAUCAUAUUAAGCUAGCUAAACAUUUUGAAUCAUUAGUAAGAGAAGACCAAAGAUUUGAAGUUGUAAACGACGUAAAAUUGGGCUUAGUUUGCUUAAGAUUAAAAGCACCAGAUGACGUAAAUCAGACACUUUUGGCAAAUAUCAAUGACUCUGGAAAACUACAUAUGAUUCCCAGUAUGGUGAAGAACAAAUAUAUUAUUAGAUUCUGCGUAGUAGCAGAGCACGCCACUCAAGAAGACGUUGAGCACGCUUGGAGAAUAAUAACUGAAUUCGCUUCAGAACUACUGAGUAAGGCGGCAGUUAGGAAACAAAUAUUUACCAGACCUCCUCUCACCAGACAAAAGUCCAACAGGCUUUCAUUUACAAGAAGUGUGUCCAAAGAAAUAUACGAAAGAUCUAGAAGCAAAACGAACCUAUUCGAUGGUGCUACACCUAUUUUGGUCAUCGACCCAGAUGAAGAGAAUGACACAGAUACCAAACCAUCUGAUGAUGUUUUAGAUGCUUUGACCAACAUGUCGACUUAUGACGAUGAUGUAUUUCUUAAAGAUCACAAUGACGAAUUUAUGAUACAAUCUCAGAGUCCAAAUCAAGUAACGGGUAGAAUGUGAUGAAAUACGUUAUAUUUAUGAAAUGAUGGAGACUGUAACGAAAGUAUGGAUAAGUUAUUGAGGCAAAAAAUUUAUUGUGAAUACGAAUGUUAAUUCUGUUGUUCAUGAUUGUUUGUUGUACUUUGUAGUUGUACUUGAUUCUAAUCAUCAGUAUUACUACUUUUAAGAUAUUUUAUAUUUAUUGAAUCUUAUACAAAUAAAUUAUUUCAUUUGAAAA